CUCUCGUGUGCGCAGUAAGAGCAGGUCUCUGAUUGAAAAAUAAAGACGUCCCAAAGACCUGCAACGUUAGCUUUACUAAGCUAGUUAGCUAGCUGCAUCACAAGCCGCAUUUUUCUAUUUCCACAUAUUUCCCUCUGCGAAAACACUCAAUGUUUUUAGCCUGUCAAAAAUAGGAAACAAGUGUUUUUCCCCCGUGAUUUUUGAAAAAAAUAUUUUGUUUAUUUUUUUUUUACAUUGUCUGUUGUUUUCUGAGGUUGGCAAAGGUCGAACGAACAGUACAGCAAUUUAACAGCCUUGGAUUUAACCUGUUGCAAAAUCUGUACAGACGGAUGAGGACAAAACAAGUCACUGGACAACCUGUGAGCCGAUAAAGGAGUUCUUCGCAGUUUUCGGUGUCUUUUUAGGUAUGUCUGUAGCGGGAAGCGUGUCACCGGACAGGUAACCAGGUGUGUUGCUGCUGCCAUGGCAAUGCUGAAGCUCCUGUUGCCAGCCGUCGUCACUGCCCUCCUGGUAGUCAGGUCAACUGCAGAAGACCAUGAGUGGCACUUUAACUCAGCUCAGUGCCGCUACGCCCUCGGGAUGGAGGAUGGGACUAUCCCCGACUCCGACCUCUCCGCCUCAAGCGCCUGGUCCGACUCUACCGAGGCCAAACACGGCAGGCUCAGCACAGGUGAGGGCGACGGGGCGUGGUGCCCUAAAGGCUCCGUCUACCCCGAUGGCACAGAGUACCUGCAGGUCGACCUGCGCUCCCUGCACUUCCUGUCCCUGGUGGGCACCCAGGGUCGCCAUGCCGACGGGCACGGGCGCGAGUUCGCCCGCAGCUACCGCCUGCGCUACUCCCGCGACGGACGCCACUGGAUCACCUGGAAGGAUCGCUGGGGCCAGGAGGUGGUGUCGGGGAACGAGAACACGUACGACGUGGUCCUGAAGGACCUGGGCCCGCCCAUCGUGGCUCGGGUGGUCCGUUUCUACCCACUGGCCGACCGGGUCAUGAGCGUCUGUCUACGGGUGGAGCUGUAUGGCUGUUUGUGGAACGAUGGUCUGAAGGCCUACACAGCCCCCGUGGGUCACGUCAUGCACCUGUCUGGCUCACCUGUCUACCUGAACGACUCCACCUAUGAUGGCAGCACAGAAGCAGGGGUGCAGUUCGGGGGGCUGGGGCAGCUGUGUGACGGGGUGCUGGGCGGAGACGACUUCACUGAGAGCAAGGAGCUCCGGGUCUGGCCCGGGUACGACUACCUGGGCUGGAGCCGAGAGGCGCUGGGGCAGGGCAGCGUGGACAUCGAGUUCCACUUUGAGAAGACCCGCGCAUUCCACACCAUGCAGGUCCACAGCAAUAACCGUCACUCCCAGGGGGUGCGGGUCUUCAGUAAGGUCGUCUGUCAGUUCAAGCCGAGUCUGCUGCUGCCCUGGUCGUCGCCGCCGCUGACUCUCUCGGUGCCUCUGACGGACCUGAAGGACCCCUCCUCGCGCCCCAUCUCCCUGCCCCUGGGGGGCCGCCCCGCCCAGAUCCUGCGCUGCCAGUUCGCCUUUGCCGACCGCUGGCUGCUCAUCAGCGAGAUCUCCUUCUACUCUGAGCCGUUCGAGCAGCCGCCUCAGACAGGCUCCGUGCCCCCCGUGGUGCCUGCAGCGCCUCCGGUCUCCCCGCCUCCUCCCACCAGGACCCCCAGUCCUGCCCCCACCACCACGGCCACCUCCCCCAACCACACCAGCGCCCGCAGCGACCCCCCCACUACCCACCCAGCGAACAACAACACAGUCAACAGCACACUGCCAGGGGUGGAGUUUGCAGCCAUGACCCCAAGGGCUGGGUUGCCUGUUGCCAAGGACGACAGCAGCAACACUGCCAUACUGAUUGGCUGCUUGGUGGGCAUCAUCCUGCUCCUGUUGGCUGUCAUCGCUGUCAUUCUCUGGAGGCAGUACUGGAAGAAAAUACUGGGCAAGGCCCAGGGCAGCCUCUCCAGUGACGAGCUCCACGUCCACCUGUCCGUCCCCUCGGACAACGUGGUGAUCAACAACACCCACAGCUACUCCAACCGCUACCAGCGCAUCCACACCUUCCCCGACGACAGGGACCGGGACGGCGAGGGGGAGUACCAGGAGCCCAGCGCUCUGCUCAGGCCCAGGGAGGAGCGUGACAGCACAGCCUUGCUGUUAAACAACCCAGCCUAUCACCUCCUACUGUCUGACCAGCGGCAUGCUACCACCUGGCUGCACAACUGCACUGGUGCGCAGGAAAAGACAGACAAUGUGCCUCAGGCUUGUGGAUUUGACCUAGAUGAAAAGCCCCUGCCCACCCAGGAGGAACCGCCCCCCUACCCCGGAGCCCCGCCCUACCCCCAGCUGCCCUCUGUGCCCCCGCCCCUCUUGCUGGCCACCGGCCCAGCCAGCGUCCCCCACUACGCUGAGGCGGACAUCGUCAGCCUGCAGGGGGUCAGCGGCAACAACACCUACGCCGUCCCCGCCCUGUCUGCCCCCACCGACUGCCCCCCCCUCCCGGAGCUGCCCCGCCAGUGCCUGGUCUUCAAGGAGAAGCUGGGGGAGGGGCAGUUUGGAGAGGUGCACCUUUGUGAGAUUGAGAACCCUCAAGACCUGCCCAGCUUGGAGUUUCCCUUCAAUGUACGGAAGGGUCGCCCUCUGCUGGUGGCAGUGAAGAUACUGCGGCCCGAUGCCUCAAAAAAUGCCAGGAAUGACUUCCUGAAGGAGGUGAAGAUCCUGUCCCGUCUGAAAGACCCCAACAUCAUCCGACUGCUGGGCGUGUGCGUGAGCAGCGACCCCCUGUGCAUGGUGACCGAGUACAUGGAGAGCGGAGAUCUCAACCAGUACCUCUCUCACAGAGUCCUGCUGGACAAGGCCGGCCCCUCUCACAACACCCCCACCAUCAGUUACCCUGCCCUUAUCUCCAUGGCCAGUCAGAUUGCAUCUGGGAUGAAGUUUCUCUCCUCGCUCAACUUUGUGCACCGUGACCUGGCAACCCGGAACUGCCUGGUUGGCGGGGAGAGGGAUGAGAGGGGCGGGGAGCGGGAGAUAAAGAUAGCGGAUUUCGGGAUGAGCAGGAACCUGUAUGCUGGAGAUUACUACAGGAUCCAGGGCCGGGCCGUCCUGCCCAUUCGCUGGAUGGCCUGGGAGUGCAUACUCAUGGGGAAGUUCACCACGGCCAGCGACGUGUGGGCGUUCGGCGUGACCUUGUGGGAGAUGCUGAGCGUGUGCCAGGAGCAGCCCUACUCCUCCCUGACCGACGAGCAGGUCAUCGACAACGCCGGCGAGUUCUUCAGGGACCACGGCCGACAGGUGUAUCUGAGCCGGCCGGCUGUGUGUCCCCAGGGCCUGUACGAGCUGAUGCUGAGCUGCUGGAACCGAGACUGCAAGCUCCGCCCCUCCUUCGCUCACAUCCACUCCUUCCUGACGGAGGACGCCAUGAACAUGGUGUAGCGCGAGCAGACUUCAUCUCCACCCAUCACUCCCAGAGACGAGAGGGGGAGAGGGAGAGAGAGAGAGAGAGAGAGAGAGAGAGAAAGAGGGGGAUGCUCAGACAGGAUGUCUAUUCAUAGGAACAACUGGAAUGAAUGUAGGAGGCAGGGUGAAAGACAGGUGUAGGCCGAUGGAAAGGAGAGAAUGGGUCGGUUGUAAAUUUUGUAUUAGUUGGGGGCGGGGCUGAGACACCGCUGGCUCGGCGUACAGACAGACCCCCCCCAACACCCUCACACCCCUUUCAACAAAACAAAACAGUUCUGAACGUUUCAUUUGAAUGUAAUCACAAUGGCAGGUGGCGGGUCUUGCAGCUAGACUAAUAUUUGAAUAGAGCAUACAGGGCUAUGACUUUCUCUGCUCCAUUGUAAAUACGUACUGUAUACAACACAAAACUAAAAUACCCGAUUGUUCAGGAUAAAGCAGAACAAAACUCAUUUAAAUUACUGUAAAACACUAAUCUGAAUGCAUACACAUAGGAAAUCUACAUACACUACAUAUUUUUUUAUUUUUGGAUAUCCAUAUUGAGUUGAACAUUUACACAUUGAGCGUUUUACAUGAGAAAAGCCUCUUUAAACACGAAGCUAAGUUAAAAACAAGCUUAUCCUCUUCCCAGUGCUGUGUGUAUAUGAUACGCUUGACUCGCGUGGAAGAGCGCAUAUGUACAAGAAGCUGUUGUCUCCAACAAGUGGUUAUCGGUGACACCACAUCCUGUACUGAACAACGGUUCACCUCCAGUCCUGCUACGGUUAGGAAAACGAUAAUCCUACAAGGGUAAAAGGUGGCGGUUUACUCUGCUCUCAUUUCAGUCCUGCAGUUAUCUUUCAUUGCAAAAAAUAUGUUCCUAGAGAGACAGGACCUAGCACAGAAUGCCAGUAUGGACAAGCGCCAGCAUACCGGAGCCCCACAACCACUUAUCCCACUCUGCAGUAUCUCUCGAGCGCUGCCUGUCCUCAGCUACUGACCGCCCCAUUAGUGGUGCCACAGUGUCGUCUGUGAGAGAGAACCAGCUCAUUAUCUGCCCACUUCCAGCCUCGCUCCUCAACCUCAGCCCUGGCCCAGGACCCACCCCUCUAGCCGGUCACCAGUGUAAAGGGCUGAUCGUUUGGUGGCGUGCCGCUGAUCUGGGCUCAGCGACUGAACGCAGCCCAGGAGACCUGCCUCAGCUGGUCUGGCCCCCCCCCCGCACGCAGGCGACUGCCUCUCGCGUCUGUAAACGCUUCGGGCGCGGUGUGCGCAUUUCUGUGUCAGUUUCAUGUAUGACGUCAGAGUGCCUGGGUGUCUUAUAUGAGCAACUGCGCUGUCUGGAUAAGACUUGGAGGCGAUUAUAAAUAGUACGACUACGGCUGCACUUUAUGUCAGUUUUCAUUGGUUUUACUCAAUUAAGCUGAUGUGGUAAUGGUAACAAUUCAGAACAUAGCAAUAUAUAAACUGCUUCAUCUUUGAAGUAACACAUACAUUUGAGGUGGAUUGUAUCCUUUAGAAAUAUGCUGAAAGUGGUGAAAACUGUCUGCCUUGUUAACUGACCAUGAAUAAGGUUUCAAAAUUAAUCAUAGACACAAGUGGAGAUUGGAGUUCUGUGCUUCUUGUUUGACC